GACAAGAUGCUCCGCACCCCCAACUGCUCGCGGUGCCGCAACCACGGGUACCUGGUGGCCGUCAAGGGCCAUGCGGGCAAGUGUCGCUGGAAGCAGUGCAACUGCGAGAAGUGCUACCUCAUCACCGAACGCCAGAAGAUCAUGGCCGCGCAGAAGAUGCUCAAGAAGCAGGCCUCUGAAGAGGACCGGGAGCUGGCCUCAAGGGCCGCGGCCAUCGCCCCGGCCUCCAGCCUCCGCCCGCUGCCUCCGCUCACCGCUCCUGGAGACCUGGAGCCGGGCCCCGAGGGCCGCGCGGCCGCCUACUUGCUGGAGAGACCCCCGCGCGGCCCAAGCCCGGGCCCGAGUGCCUUCCAGCCAGUCCUGGGCGGCCGCGGCCACGUGGGCCCGAGUGACCCGGCAGCCGUGGCCAGGCCCAGUUUCGUGAGGCCCCAGCUCGGGGCGGAGGCCGCAGGCCAGGGAGGUUCCGGUCCCCUGGAGCCGAGCCGGCCUCUGCAGCCCAUGCCCAGGCCGCCGCCGCCGCCGCCGCCGCCGUUCGCCUUCGGGCUCUCUCUGAGCAUCAACUCGGAUGCUAUGGUGCAGUCUGAGUACCUGGAGAGAGAGCCUUCCAAGCUGUAUCCCAGCUGCUCCGGCAUGUACUCCUAUCGCCCAUUCCCGAUGGGCUACCAGGAUCCAUCCCCAGGCCUGGGGAUCUCCCUGCAGCAGGGCUUCCGGCAUGUGUCCUUCAGCCACUACCAUGGAGGAGGCUCGGUGCCCGAGCCAGUGGAAAACUUCCAGCCGAGCUAUCCCCCGCUGCCACCGCCACUGCCACCGCCGCGGCCUCUGCUGCCGCCGCCAUCACCCCUGCUGCCACCACCGCUGCUGCCGCCACCACUGUCACCACCGCCCCCGUUCCUCCCGCCAGGCUUCCUCGCUGGCAUCCAUUUCCUUCCGCCACCGCCGCCACCACCGCCACCGGCAUCUUUCUCACUGACCGUCCUGUCUGAUGGGGACCAGGAGGCCGUGGAGGACCAGGUUGAAGGGGUGCCUCGUGAGCCCAGCCAGCCAUCGUCUCAGGAGCAGUCCGACUAGGCCCCGGGCCGCUGGCCAGCAAAAUGGGGCAUUGGGAGGGUGACAGCAAUGAUUUUCUUGUCUGUGUUCAGUGAUGUAUAGGGAGGGUGGACAGUGAUAGACAUAAAUAGAGUUAAUUCCCAUUUCAAGAUAGGAGGAAAGAGGGAGGUUUCUAAGUUUCAAUCCUGAAGUGUGAGCUGGAACAGGAGAAUGGAGGAUGAAGUUAACCAGGGGAGGACCAGGACUCUGAGGAGUGGGGGCCGGUGGGACGCCCGUUUAGGAAUGAAUUUAACCAUCUCUGGCUGUGCGGCCCGUUGGUGACUCGCCCUCAGAAGCGUUGUUUGAUUUCCUCAGGCCCCGCUGCAGGACAGGAGGCACCAUGUAUUUCAGCCUCUGCCUCCGCCUGGUCCGGGGCUUCCAGCACCCGCAGUGGCUGGUGCGAGCAGCCAGGACCGGGCACUGACAGCAGGUUCUGAGUGUCCUUCUCUGCUGCCCCGUCUCCCACUGCCCCUCGCCCCUUCUCCAGGGGCCUUUACUAGCAAGCAUCGUGACCCCUGGGGCUACUUCACCCCCCUCCAUAAAGUUUAAGCCAUUUAUAGGCAUCAUUUCUGGUUUUAAAAAAAUGCAUUAACGUUUUAUCAUUUGGUGUUUUUAUAGUGAUUGCCAGCUUUAAAAAGUAGGCCAUUUGUAAGCACGGAUACAGCUCUCAGAAUAGACUGGUGCUUCCAAAGUACCUGUGAUGUCAGCACUUCUUCUCUGGGGCCAGUUGACUGUUGAAAUAAA